CUUCAAAAUGUUUAUGCCUGUCUUACGUUGCAUCUGCAACUGACAUGCAGGUUUUAUUUUGUCCCUUUUUACAGACUGGGCGCGUCUUCAGAGAAUGAAACCAAAGCCACUUCUGCUAUUUCUGCACCUCCUUCUGCUUCCCUUUUCUCUCCUCCCUAUCACUCUAAUAAAAACAACCCUUUUAUCUCUAAAUUUGAUCCAGAAGAGCAACCUCGGGACACUGAUAGGUUUGCUAGCGACAACAAUCCGUUCACUACAAAAUGGGGACAGGAAUCCAAGCAAGAUACUGAAUGCUUUAUAGCUACUUCUUCUGCUUCUGGGAAUGAAAAUAAACCUAAAAGGGAACAAGAAUCCCAGAUAGAGGAUUCUUCAAACUCUGCUAAGUCUCCCCUGCCUGUUCCUGCAACUUCUGUUCUUGAGUUGCAGCCUUCUGCUUUUCAGCUUUCUGAUAUUGAUAAUCCUCCCGUGUCUAAAGUGGGAGAGGACUCUGAAGUUUUUAACAUUCCUCCAGCAUCUUUCUCUACUUCCUCCUUAGCAGGGAACCGUGAUGAUUCCAAGCACGUUCAUCUUGUGCCUUCAGAGAAACCCCAAAAGGAAGGUUUAACUAAACAGAUAGAUCCUGGCAAUUUGAUCCCUGGAGAUCUGAAUGUAAAACCCACCACCCUUUCUGUUAUUCCAGAAGUGGGAUUGGAUGAUGAGCAGCUGAGUGAUUAUCCCCAGGGUACUGAAAAGAAGAGUGGAGAUGGUUCUUCAGAGUUACGGUCCUCCAUUGAGGGGGGAGAGCUGACAGCAAAUAAGAGAGGCAGACUGAAAGAAUUAAGUAAAGAUAGAUUGUUAAUGGGUCAAAGUAGACAGGGUGAUAGUCCUGAGUUCCCUGUUAAGCCUGUUCAUCUUUCCCCUCUGCCCAGUUCUUCUCACUCUAUUAGUUCUUUCCAAUCUGAUGCUUCUGGCUGUAAUAGAGCAGAACCUACGAAAAAAGCUACAGCAGAGGGCUUGGGUACCAAAGUGGAUCCCUCUGGCAAGAAGAAGCUGCUCCAGGCAUGCGUUUCACCCUCUGAAACGCAUCCCAAUCAGAAUCUGCAGAGUGACGGAACUUAUCCUGCUAAGCUCAGAUCUAAAUAUGAUCCUUCAGAUCCCGCCUGCGCUUAUGGUCAGCUGACACACAGCGAGCUGAUCCAGCUGGUCUUGAAGCAGAAAGAUGUGAUUGCAAAGCGAGAUCAGCAGGUGCGCGAGCUGGAAGACUACAUUGAUAACUUGCUUGUCAGAGUUAUGGAGGAAACCCCUAACAUUCUUCGGGCUCAAGUUCAUGUGAAUAAGGAAGCUGGAAAGAUGUGAAGGAACCAAUUUAACCUAAUCAGUGGCUUUCUUACUCAAACUUUGGAAGUAGUGAAUGUGGAAAAGCUGCUUGUACCGAAAGAGAUUAUUAUUUACUUGUCUUAGGAUACAGUUGACUUACCUUGGAGACUGCCUCGUAUAAUCUACAAAGUCAAUAGUGUUAAAAAAACACCUUUUACCUUUUAGUACACUGCUCUGCAGGUGAAAGGCCUGAAAUUAUGGGACUGUGGAAGGAGUUGUGAGCCAGAUUUUAUCUGUUUUUAAGCUCCAAGGGGCACACUUUUAAGGGUUUAGUCAAAAACCGAACACUUCUCUGUAGUUUUUCAACACCUGAUUUCUUUACUCUUUUAGGAUAUUAAGUUUUAGUGCAGUAUAAGCAAUCAUAUUUACAUUAGAUAUACUGGAUGAAUAAAUAUUUAUGAAGUACCUUGUUUGGAUUUGAGUUCCUGGGAAAUAAGCACUUCCAACUGAAAGCUGGAUGCCUCUCUGCUUACAAGCAGCCCAGUCCAUUAGGAAUUUCUGUUGUUCUAGCUCCACUGAAUCAGUAAUUAUUAAGAAAACAGCUCAUUCAUUUGAGUGGGGCUUAAGCUGUGAAGGUUUCCUGCCAAUUGUGCAAAAUUGCCUGCAUUUGCCCUUGGGAAGUGAGGAAGAUCCAUAGUUAAGAAAUUAAAAGUGAUGGUUGUUCGAGCAAACCCUGCUGGAGUGCCGUGAUAUCAAAAUGAAAUGUCAUUUGAGUAAGAGGAGGUUAGCUUCUAAGCACUAAACUGACUUCUGUGUCUUAUGGUGGUCAGUUCAGGACGUAUUAAACUUUUGAAAUCAAUACUGAUUUA